GAGUCCAGAGGGAAUCCAUCCGGCCAGCGAGUCCUUGCGAGGCACGAAAGAGGGGCGGAGGUUCCAGUCACUGACAGUCAUGGCGUCCUGGACGUUGGUGGGGCUCUGGGCUCCCAGUGGAGUGCCUCUGUUCGUGCGCCAUACGGGACACGGGAAGCCGCCUCCAUAUGCUUUGAUUGGUUCUCUAAAUGGUGUACACGUUUUUGGUGAAUCUCAUGGAGUUACCCUGUGUACAACAAGGACUCAGAAUGCCUCACUUACUUGGAAAACAUAUCAUGAUAGUAUUAGACUGGUUUUGGUCAGAGGGAGUGAAACAACAGGAGAUAGCAGUGACAGUAGCCUCCUGGACCUCAUGUUUGCAUCCUUAGUCUUGCUCCUUGGACUUGAUACUGUGACCUCAUCAACUAAUAUUGAGAGAUUAAAACGAGAUAUCAGACCUUGCUUCCCAUUGCUGGAUGAGCUGCUCUUCCGUGCAGUUGGAGGGGAAAACCAUCAGGGCUUCUCUCAUCUUACUGGAUGUGCUGAGUGUGUUAUACCUCCAGAACACCAUGCGCUACAGGUACCCUUCCGAAUGCUAGUAGUUCAACUCACAAGCCAUGUGUCAGUGGUGACACUUUGUGGACCAACUCCAUCUUUAGCAGAUAUGAUCAGGUCUGCCACCUCUUUUUGGGCCCCUUUUUAUCAGGUUUUAGAAGCCCUUAGUAGUCUCCUGCCUUGGAACAUUGCCCCAGCUCUAUUGACACAGCUUGAUAAUUCUGUCAUUGGACUCCUUUUGGUAAAUUAUGAUCAUAAGCGGUGUGUUGGUUGCUUGCAUCUUAGUGAAGAUUCAAGAUCACGGUCAUUAUGUGUUAAUAAGAAGAGUGCGGCCUUGCAAUCUGUUUAUCGCAGCAUAAUAGGACCAUUACUGCAGCCACCAGCUAUGCCACCAGAAGAUUUCCCAACUGGGCUCCACCCAGACCACCUGCCUUUGGAAUCCUAUGUUUCCACAGACAGUUAUAAGGUUUAUGUGCUCCAGUCAUCUCCAUUUCACCUUCUUGUCUUAUUUCCACCAGCCCUUCCAAUCCAUAUUGCCAGACAAGUGAGCAAGAGGACAUUGGCAGUUUUUACCAAAGGGAAAACUCCUAGACUCUAGCAGUUUAAUUUGUUGUAUAUAUAUUUAGUACAAACUUAUGUUCGUGUAUGUAUUGUAAAUAUUGUUUACACAUUAUUUCUUCUUGUAUAAGUCAUGUUAUUGUAACAUUGUUGAGAUUAAUUUUGUACAAAAUAUUUGAGAAGUGUUAAUAGAACCUAAUUUUUUAAAGAUUGAGAGGCAUUAUUUUUUUAUAUUGUAAUCCACUGGUAUUUGACAAUUUAUCAGUAUGUACUUGAAAAAUAAAUAAUGAAUUUAAUUACAAAUA